AUGGCUUUAUUUGAAGCUCUCUAUGUUAGGCCUUACCGAGCCCCAACUUGUUGGACUGAGGUUGGGAACAGGCAUCACCCAAUAGUGGAGUAUGAUAAAGGAACUGUUGAAAAGGUUUUUCCCUUUAAAGCACGAAUGCGGUUUGAAAGAAGAGGAAAGAUAAGUCUUCGCUUCACUGGACCUUUAGAGAUCAUGGAGCAUAUAGGCCCCGUUGCCUACCAUCUUGCAUUGCCCCCACAAUAUGGCGCACUGCAUGAUGGUUUCCACAUCUACAUGCUCAAGAGGUAUCUCCCUAACCCUUCUCAUGUUAUUUUGUGUCCUAAAUCUCUUAUUUGCUCAAACAUGGCAUAUCCUGAGUAUCAUGUGGAGAUUCUCGAUUGGUCAGAGAAGGUUCUAUGUAAAAAGAGGAUUCCAAUAAUCAAAGUGCUAUGGUGA